AUGGAGGAUUUGUCUUUGUAUGACACGCAUUGGAUCAGCGAUGAUUAUAGUGAUAAGCCAAAAACAAACUUGCAUAAAAAUCAACAGAGUAAGAAACCUGUAAACAAAAAGAAGAAAAAGCCUGAAGAAUUUGAAGUAGAAGGUGCUCCAAGGGCAUUAUGGUGCAGUGAUGCAGAAUAUUUUUCAGUAAAUACAAAGAAAAUUGUGAAAGGCCAAGUAUUAGGUCCAAUGUACAAAACUGAGUGGUGUAAAAAAGGUGGAAGGCAGUGUGCCAAGUUUAGUGAGGAUGGAGAAACAUAUUGUUUAGAUGCUCGUUAUUAUGGUAAUAUCAGUAGAUUCAUUAAUCAUCUGUGUGAACCAAAUCUGGUUCCUGUAAAAAUAUUUGUAGAUCAUCAAGAUUUAAGUUUUCCUCGAAUUGCAUUCUUUAGUUCAAGAGACAUAAAACCAUUAGAAGAACUAGGUUUUGAUUAUGGUGAAAAAUUUUGGGUUAUCAAGUACAAGUGGUUUACAUGUGGUUGUGGCUCACCUAAGUGUAAAUAUUCCAAAGAAACAAUUCAUGAAACUCUAGCAAAUUACUAUCGCAGAUUGAAGGAAGAGCAGGUAGACGAACUUGACUUGAAUCCUCCUAUAUGUUGGUGA